AGAACUGUGAGGCUAGCGCUUUACCAUCUCAUCCACUGUGCCUCCCCCAGUCAAAGCAUAAGAAGAUGGGAAGAAUCCAAUUUCCCCAAAACAAGACCCCAGGAGUAGUGCAUAGGUACUCUUGAGAUCCAGGACCCUUCGGGGCCUGGUCUCUGUUUGGACAACAGCUGCAGCCAUGCAAGGGUGGCCUUGUUACCUCUGAAAACGUCGCCGUGACCAGGGAGCAAACUACUGUCGUCACGAUGAAGUCACGCUUAUGCAACGGCUGCCCCCGGCGGAUUUGGACCGAGCGCUUCCGAAAUCCGAGCACGGACUGAGAACGGCUGGGUCCCCGGAGGUAGCAGAUGGCCGAGUUGCUGACUCAGUGCCGACUCGUUUUUGUUUUUUUUUUUUUUAUUUCUUUUUUUCUGCAGUGGUGAUAACAUGGUGGGGUUGCAAUAUUAGGUACACGUGCGCAGUACUAGAAAGGGAUCCAUUGUACCGGGCUUGGCGUGACAUCAUCCUGCUUGGGGCUGUUUACGACAGAGGAAUGAGCUGAUACAGUUCUUGUGUUGACUUCAACUUUUGAGGAACUACAUCGAUGUCCGCGGGGGCCGGGGGGGGACUACUAAAACUUCAACCUGACCACAUCCACACAAAUCACUUUUUGGGCGGUAAGCCACAUUAAAAUUGGCCAUGUGAUGCCAAUGUACUCUAUAUGCAGGUAAAAAAUAAUAAUUCCCCCAAUGCUGACAAUUUGGAUGAUCCGCGCCUGCCUUCCUCGCAUCCAGUCUUGGACGGAGGCCACCAGGGAGCACAUAUAAUCCCCCAGCAUGCACUCUGAGCGCGACCAGUUUCUUCUCCUCCUCGUUGCUGUCGUUGCCAUGAGGAUGGCGCUCAGUUUCGUUGUGUUUCCUAAAGGACGUAAGCAACAACACGGGGCUGAUGCAGUCCUCAGAGCGCAAAGCCAUCCACACUGAAGCACGGCAGUCACCCAUGCAGGCAGACCACCAUUACACACCACGCUGGGGGGCUCUGUGCAUGUUGGCGGCCGGCUUGGCGUUGACGUCUCAAGCGUUGCCGUCGUGCCCUCGCGCCUGCCGUUGCGGCGCGGCCGAGUCCGCCGCCGACUGCUCUUACGCCCGACUCGUCGCUGUGCCAGAGCGCCUCCCCCCGGAACUGACGCGACUAAACCUGAGCAACAACGCCAUCAGGACUCUGGCGGCUGAGCAGUUUGGGGCUUUGACGCGACUGGAGGACUUGGAUUUGAGCGACAACCUCCUGGCAUAUGUUGACGGCGACGCCUUCGUGGGGCUGAGGAGCUUGCUGGAUUUGCGCGUGGCUCGCAACCGCCUGAAAGUGCUUCCGGUCGGCGCCUUCGCCGGCUUGCCGAAACUACGGCUGCUCGAUGUGAGCGGCAACGAGAUCCUGGGCUUCCUGGAUUUCACCUUCCGCGAACUAGCCAACCUACGGGUGCUCAAAGCGCUGCAAAACGCCGUUGUGUUCGUCUCUCCUCAGGCCUUUGCGGGUUUAACAGACCUGCGCCAGCUCCACCUGGAUGGCUGUAACCUCACGUCUGUACCCACCGAGGCUUUCGUGCAUCUUGGUGGGUUGACCGGUUUAUCUCUGCACCGUCUUGAGUCCGCCGUGCUGCCAAACUAUUCCUUACUUGGCCUGGCGCGUCUGAAGGAACUUAUCAUCGCCAAUUGGCCCAGACUGGAGACGUUGUCUGUAAACAGCCUGGUUGGACUCAACCUCACAUCCCUCGUGAUUCGAAGCUGCAACCUGACUUCAGUCCCUUACGCCGCUUUGCAUCACCUAGUCUAUCUUGUGCACCUCGACUUGUCUUACAACCCAAUUGGCUACAUCCAAGGGAACCGGCUCGAGGAUCUGCUCAGGCUAGAAGAGUUCCACAUAGUCGGGGGACGGUUGCGGCUCAUUGAAAUGGGGGCGUUCUACGGCUUGCUACAUCUGAGCCUGCUCAACGUGUCCAGAAACCUCCUGAGCACCCUGGAGGAGCGAGUCUUUCAAUCGCCGACUGCUCUUCAACGUCUGGGACUGGACGAAAACCCGCUGGAUUGCGAUUGCCGCCUCUUGUGGAUUGCACGCCGACGUUCGUCCCUCGACUUUGGCAGAGGCCCCCCAACGUGCGGCGCUGUGGUUCGCUGGGAUUUCUUGGACUAUGCAGCAACAGAAAUAGUGGAGCUGCUCACGUGCCGGCCCCCUCGCAUCCGACCGCACCAGCGCGACCUGGUGUGGGUGGAGCAGGGCCACACGGCUGUGUUGCACUGUAACGCGGAAGGCCAGCCCCCGCCAUCUGUCACCUGGCGCAACCCUGAGCUUAGGGCUUUAACCGACCUCGGCAGGAUCCGAGCGGUCGGCAACGGCUCGCUGGAGGUCCGCUACGCACAGCCGCAGGACGGCGGCUUAUACCGCUGCGUGGCAUCCAACGCGGCGGGAAAUGACACUCGCUCGGUUGAGGUCCGCGUCCGAGCCCUCUCCAAGAGCAAGCCCUUUCGGUUCAAAAGCUGGCUCGUUGCCUUGCCUUCAUCGCCACCGGACCAGCAGGAGCCAUCGUUUGAUGUCAAGACACUGAUGAUCGCGGCGUCCAUCGGCUUCCUGUCGUUUUUGAGCUCGGUCAGCGUGUGUUUCGUGGCCAUGUUCUUCUGGAGCAAGGGCAAAGGGCAGAUCAAGCACACCGCCAACAUUGCGUACGUCCCGCGCACUGCCGCCACCAGCAGCAACGGCGGUGCUGGCAACUACGUGGAGACGAGUCGGUUCACAAUGAAGCUGAUGUAAACAUGAAUAAAGUUUGAGCGGCUGUACUUGACAUAAAAAGUCUCCACAUUCCUAUUCAAAUGCCAGAUUUACAUGAUCUAAAAAAAUAACUUUUUUUUAAAAACUUGUGUUCAGAAUUGACAAAUCACAUUGAAACUGAUGUCAUACACCUGCCACCAUUUAAAGUGCC